GUUUUCUCAGAUGUUUUCUGAGCAUCAGCGACAGCAGAGGACUAGACUGCGAUAGUUUUAGUGUGACCAGCCCUUGAAUCAACACAGACCUCUCCAGAAGCUGCCAUGGAUGGAAGUUUGCUGCCAUACUUAUCCGAUGGCGAGUCUCCUCCCAAAGAGAGCUCUUCAUCUCUAAAUUCACACCCGGAGGUUUCUCUUCCCAGUGGGCUGGAAGAGGAGCAGAGAGAGAAAGAGGAGGAAGAGGAGGAGGCAGAUGCGGAGGAGGAGGAGGAGGAGGAAGAGGAGGUGCGGAGCGAGCACCUCCUCUCAACUGAGGAGCAGGUGACGCUCAUCACCGACAGCAUGUCCGUGACGUCGGCCGACGAGGAGAAGCUGCAGCUGCUCAACAAGAACAUGGAGCUGCGCAGAAUCAACAAGGAGCUGAUGAAGCUGAAUGAGGACUGGGACCACAUCUACCGCAGCACCACCCUGAGCCUGCAGCAGAGGAUGGAGGCCCUGCAGAGGGAGAUCAGCAGCAUCCGCCAGCUCAACAGCAAACUGCUGCUCAAGGUGGAGCAUGAACAGAAUAAAGGGGGGUACUAUGAGCACACUCUGAUGGAGGAGCUGAAGAAGAACCAGCAUCUGCAGGAGUACGUUCAGCUGCUGGAGGGCCGCAUGCAGCAGUCACACUCAGCCACGGACUGGAGCAUACUAACACCGAGUUUAGUGAAUGGCUCCAGACCGACAGAGAUCAGCACGGACUCCAAAUGCUCCCCGGAUCAGAAGAUACCUGUGCACCACCUCAAUGGUCAUGUGACCACGCCACAUCCUCCUCCCUCUGAGCGUAGCGGCGGCGGCGGCAGCGGGGGCCGAGGGAAAGGACAGAGCGGGGCCGGUAGGACACGCGAGGAGUGCACGCUGUCUGAGGUGCAGGACCUCAAGGACCAGCUGGAGGCUCUGAAAUGCCAGACUAAGAUCUACGAGGCGGACUACAGAACCGAGCACAAGGACCACGAGCGCAUGCUGCAGGAGAACAAGAGGCUGCGGCGCAGGGAGGGCGAGAUGCGCCAGCAGAUGGCACUCUUGCAGGAGCAGUUGAAGGUGUAUGAGGAUGACUUCCAGAGAGAGCGGUCUGAUAAGCAGGUGCUGCAGCGGCUCCUGAUGAAGAAGACGCCGCCCCCUGCUGGGGAGCGGGAGCCUGCGCUGGUGCACCGCUGCAGCGCCAGCAGCCAGGAGCCCGAACAUGCCCACGAGCGCGAGCGCGAACGUGCCCGGGAGGAGAGGAGGAGGAGGAGGGAGGCACAGCGCGACCUUCAUCACCCCACCUGCCCCAAGCACUGUCAGCGCCAUGCAGUGGGGGAGUUCUCCUGAGUCCUCUGCACGUGAGCACGCACACACACACACACACACACACACACACACACACACACACAAACAUACACACACACACACACACAUGCACAUAUACACACACACACACAGAUAUAUAUACACGAACACACACACAUACACACACAUGUAUAUAUAUAUAUACACAUACGCACCACACUCACACACACACACAUAUCGUUUGAAUUUAUAUUUAAGUUAAUAUUGUAAUAUAUUGCAAUGUUACAAAUCUAUUUAAAUAACUGUGAAGUAGUUCCUGAUAUUUAUUAAAGAACAUAUUAUAUUGAAAUUUAUUAAAUAAAGAAGAGGUGUGUUAUGUUUCCAAAACAUUAUAUGUAUAUCCAAAACAUGUGAAUGUCUACGUCGUUUUUGUUACAGACCAUACAAACUAACAGAUACAAGGAUGUUUGAUGAACAAUAAUAUAUUGAUAUUUUGUCUGUAUCUCAAUUUUUAGAUUACAUUUUUUUAUUCCACUGGAAAUUUGAAACCGCAACUUUUGUAUUACUGUAAUCUGUGUAUGCUGUAGCAAUUAAAAAAGUAGAAUUUUAA